AUGAAAGGCGGAGCACCAAAGCAACAGGAUGGCAGGGAUGGGCAGGAAAUUCAGUCUACACCCGUCACGAUGGAAGGAAGUGCGAAGGAUCUGUUGUCGGUGCUCGCCUUGGCCGGAUUCGGUGCUUUCUUUCCCCCAGGAUGGAUCAGCGGAUGGGGACGCCUCUACUGCCUCCUUCUAAUCCUCGUCGACCUCUCGCUUCUCGGACUUCAGGCGCAGAUGGCCUACGAUCAAUUCAAACUCCAGGAUGCACUCAUGGGCCUAAUGACGUCCGGCUUAGAUCUGUCUUUCUGCAUCGUCCUCUUCGCUUUGGCGGUGUUGGAUGCGCGAAUGCAGUGGCGUUUUCCCGUGCUUUUGGGUCUCCUCGAUGCCUUGGAGAAGGCUCCUAUCCCCCAACCGCCAUUUUGUGCCAAUCCUGAAAGUUCUCUCGGUCACGCGACCCACUUAGAGGCUCCCUUCCCCACGUGCACAAAACAGGGCUUAAUGGUUUCGCAGCGUGAAUUGCGCAAGUUCUUGGCACUCAUCGUAUCCCUUGGAUUCGUCCUGUACACUUUCGUAUUUGUUUUUCACAUAAUAGACGCAAAUCAGAAUCGAGGAUGGUCGAUCCUCGCCAUGGUCGCCUACGUUCACACAUACGUGAGAUUUACUUGUUUCCCCGACAUUUUUUUCAUUUAUGGCUGUCGACUUUCCACCCUCUCCCUGCGAACCGUCAAUUCUUCACUCAGGAAUUUAAAGCUCCCAAGUCGAGAGGCCCACGAAGGAUCGAAAGAGAUUCUGAAGCGAUUCGACGCCGUGAAGGCCUUCGUCCUGGAAGUGUCUGAUCUCUUCACGGGAUAUCGCCUGCUGAACACUCUCUUCCUGAUCGUCUUCGUGACCCUGGCUUUAUUCAAGCAGUUGGACGAUGCCUACGGCUACGCGUUCCAUUCUUCUCUCUCCCGUGUCCUCUUUGGCCUCCUCAUGCUACAUGCCGUCACUUCCUUCGCUCAGGAAGUCAAUCUAGAGUUGGAGAUAUUCGUGAGCGAAUACCAGAUCCAACCAGUGGAAUUCACAGCAGGCACCGUCUUCAAAGUGGAUCGGAGUCUCUUCACUUCGGGCGGAGACGAGAGGUGGAGCAUUGAGACUUGUGGACGACACAAGGGAAGGUCUAACAUUCAGUCCUUGCCUGUCACGAUGGAAGGAAGUGCGAAGGAUCUGCUGAUGAAAGCGCUCACUGUGGCCGGCUUCGGUGCUUUCUUUCCGCUGGGAUGCAUCAACGGAUGGGGGCGCCUCUACUGCCUUCUCCUCACCCUCGUCGACGUCUCGCUCAACGGCUUAACGAUGAGCAUGCUCUACCUCCAGUUUCAAGUCCAGGAUGGCUUCGGUAUGAUGAUACGCGGUUUAGAGCUGGGAUUCGUCGUUGUCAUCUUCGCUUUAGUGCUAGUGGAUGCUCGAAUGCAAUGGCGUUUCCCCGCUCUUUUGGAACACCUAACCGUCCUUGAGCACGUUCCACCUACCAGUUUUCAACCUCUGACCAAUCCUGGAAAUUCCCCGUGUCAGGUAACCACAUUAGGGUCGCCGCUUCGCAAAUGCACGCGAUGGAACUUGAAGCCUUCACAAGCUCGACUCCAUAAGUUCUUCGCAUUGGCUUUUCUUAUUGGGUUCAUCCUCUACGGUAUGAUCUUCACCGGUUUUUUUAUGUCCGGUUAUCAGUAUGCAAAGUCCUUGGGAUGGUAUUCCAUCUCCCUACUUGCCUAUAUUCAUGCCAACGUGAGAUUCACCUGUAUUCCCGACAUGUUUUUCGUGUAUGCCUGUCGCCUGUCCACCCUCUCAUUGCAAAGAGUCAAUUUCUCGCUGAAGAAUUUGGACCUGCCGAGUCAAGAGACUCACCUGGAGAUUCAGCAAGUCCUAAAGCGAUUCGACCAGGUGAAAGCCUUCGUCCGAGACGUCUCGGACCUGUUCACGGGCUAUCGCCUCCUGAACACUCUCUUCCUGGUCCUCUUCGUGACUCUGGAGUUCUUCGAGGAAUUCAUCGGGCUCCAUCCCGGCAACACCUUCUACGCCUCCUUCUCGCAAAUUCUCCUCGGCUUAAUCAUUUUAUUUGCUGUGACUUCGCUCGCUCAGGAAGUUCAACGAGAGUUUCAGGUAUUCGUGAGCGAAUACGAGAUCCAGCCAGUGGAAUUCACAGCGGGCAGCUUCUUCCAAGUGGAUCGGAGUCUCUUCACUUCCGUAAGUAAUUUCCCUCUCUCCAUCCUCAUCCGAUUCCCCGUGAAAGAGGCAGCAUUCUCCUUGGAGAUCGUAGCGACGGUGGGAACAUACCUGAUGGUCCUCCUCCAGUUCCGGUGA